GAGAUCAGGAUAUUGUGGAGAGUAGUUCUGUUGUCAGGCCUCGCGGGAAUGCACCCCAAAUUCCCCAUAAUGGCCUCUCUGAUGGCGUGUCUGCUCAACAUCUCGUCCGUUGAUGGACAAUUCAACAUGAGUGAGUACUACAAGAUGCCCAAACUCUAUCUGAUGGAUGACUACGAUCGCUGCCUGGAUGAGUACAAUGCCUCCACUUACUGCAUUGCAUCAUCUAUCAUUAAACCCAACGCUACUUCCGCUCUAUGGGAGUACAUUGAGAAAUUUUCAUCAAACAAAAAGAAGCAUUUCCGUCACGAUCGCCUUCAGCGUGGGAUUUGCAUAAAUCUGUGUCAGGAAUUAAUGGAUCAUUUUGAUCCAGAAGAACAAAUGUCCUAUUUUCAGGAAGAAUUUCCCACAGACAACGAGGUCUGGCUGGAUCCUCGGAUUUUCCGCAAAGCCACACACUACCGGAAGUUGUACGAUCAAUUGAUCAAUCAGUGCAUCAAUCAUGAGUUGAUUACGGGAUAUGAUCUCGUGGCUUUCUCCCAAGUUGAGUAUUGUGUUACGAAUCAUGAGAUUCUGGAGUAUGACUUCCUGGACAUUUGCUUCUUUUUCGUGCUGGUUUCUCUGGUGACAACGGUUUUUGCGUCCACAUAUUUGGACCGGCGGCUCAAGAAGACACGCCCAGUUGAGGAGCAGACAAGUGAUCACUACAGGAUGCCCCUGCAGGGACCAGUCAAUGGUAGAGUUACCUUUUCUCUGCUUCGCAACUGGUAUCGCUUAAUGUCUGGUCCCAAGACGAAUUCCGAUAAGGAUUUGCGGUGUAUUCAUGCCAUGAGAUUCCUCACGAUGUUUUGCGUCAUCAUUGGCCACACCAUUCUAUUCCUGAACGUCUUUCCCGUCUUCAAUCCUCAGUACAUCGAAAUGAAUUACUACAGAUUUAUCACAAUGAUCCUGAUCAAUGGUCACACGGUCAUUCAAACGUACUUCGCCAUCAGCGGAUUCCUUCUCUCUGUCCAGUUCAUGGAUUACAAGGAGAGCCAGAAGGUUUUCCACAUGUCCUACUUCUUCAAAGCCAUAUUCUAUCGCUACGUCCGGCUGACGCCAGUUUAUGCCUUCAUGAUCCUCUUUCACGCCACGCUUCUGAUCGACGUGCAGUCGGGUCCGUUGUGGAAGCACGUGGCUGAAACUGAAAGAUCAUUCUGUCGAUCCAAUUGGUGGACUAAUCUCCUUUACGUCAACAAUUACGUUCACGUGGGAGAGCCGUGCCUUCAGCAUGGCUGGUACUUGGCCACAGAUUUCCAGAUGUUCAUUAUCGGCGUGACUCUGCACAUGAUAAUGUGGCGCUUCCCAAAGUCCACUAAACUCCUCCUCAGCAUCUCAGUGUUCAUCUCCUACGUGAUUCCCGGGGUCGUGACGUACAAGAAUAAAUUCGAAGGGGUUGUGAUCAUCCGGCCAGAGUCUCAAAAAUAUGGGAUGUGGUUCGAUGAUGUCUACAAAAAAAUCUACAUCCCCACGCACACAAACAGUGGCACGUAUUUGGCGGGAAUGGUAGCAGGACUCCUGUACAACAAACUCAAGAAGAAGGAUCUCAAUCUCAGGCAAAAUCGAGCUUUCAUUUGGGCUUGGUACGCUAUCGUCCCAACAGGAGCGCUACUUCUCUUAUCAGCUUAUUGGUUCUAUGCUUGCACAAUGGACAAACCCGCAUUCUGGAUUGCAAUUUAUGCUGCAAUCAUGAAGAAUCUUUGGGGAGUUCUUGGAGGAGUCAUGAUAAUUGGGAGUGCUUUUGGAGUAGGAUGGGUUGCGCGCGACUUCUUAUGCAACCCAAUCUUUCGUCCACUUGGCCGGAUAACUUUCUGCGUUUAUUUGUGCCAUCCAUUCAUCCUGAGGGCUACAAUGGGUAACGUCCGACAGCCUGUCUUUCUCAGCGACUCCACAAUUGUGGUUUAUGUCUCAUCAACGCUCAUUCUCUCAUAUUUGGGUGGUGCUCUUCUCUGCAUCGUGCUGGAGCUUCCUAUAUCAGCCAUCCAGAAGCAAAUGCUCAACAGGAAUAAAGUAGAUCCCUCUUUCACGGACAACACCAUCGAACUAGUUCACAACACAUGAGUAAUUUCAACAAUGUUCUUCUUCUGGCUGCUGAAUGUACCUCAAUUUAGAAUUUAUUUAAUUAAAAAUUCCAUUUGAAGCAC